GCUGGGAGUGGGGUGUGGGUGUCAAUAGGCACUGGGGCUCAGCCUAGAGCAGCUGUGGGAUGAGGCGUGGUUGGACGCCUGGGUUCCCUGGGAGAGCAGGGUGGAUGCAGCAGACAGAAGGAGCCGAGGAGGAGAGUUACUUCUCACUGUUGGGUUCCCAGAUAUUAUUGGACUUCAGCUCCCAUAUCGUUGACUUGCUGAGAGUCGACAAAGAUUCAUAGCCUGUCCUGGGCUUGCUCUUGAAAAACGAGGUUGCUUAUCCUCACAACAACCCUGUGGGGUAGGCUAGGCUGCGAGAGAAGGGACUGGCCCAGUGUCGUCGCUGACCUUGCUGCUUCACUAUGGGGCCAUCUCUGUGCCAUGUUUCGAGCUAGCAAGCCCAACGUGCCUGACGCUGAUGCACCGGAGCCUCGGGGCGUGCAGGGGCAUUCUGCAUGCGGGACGGCGGAGAGGGCACCUCCGAGCCAUGGCAGCGCAGAGCGGGAAUGCUGGGUCUGGAUCCAAGGAUGCCGCCUCGGAUGGAACAGUGACUGCUGGGGUCAUUAUUAUUGGGGACGAGAUCCUGAAGGGCUACACCCAGGACACCAACUCCUUCUUCAUGUGCAAGAAGCUCCGCUCGCUGGGUGUCAAGGUGGCCAAGAUCUCCGUGGUGCCUGAUGAGGUAGACUCCAUUGCCGCCGAGAUCGCAGCUUUCUCACGCCAGUUCACCUACGUCCUGACGUCCGGUGGGAUUGGCCCCACCCACGAUGACGUGACCUUCGAGGCGGUGGCCAAGGCAUUCGGGGAGAAGGUUUCCCCCCACCCAGAGAUGGUGGAGCUGGUGAAGAAGUUUUUCGGCAAGACGGACGCGGAGUGUCCCGAGAUGAAGCUGGCCCGCGUCCCCGAGUCCUCGCUUCUCAACUACGGCGUGGACAAGAAGACCGGGCGCAUUUUCAGUUACCCCCUCGUCAGCGUCCGUAACGUCUAUGUCUUCCCAGGCAUCCCGGCGCUGAUGACUCGGGCCCUUGAGGGGCUAGGCCAUCUCUUCCACAACGAGAAGACCCAGUUCCGCUCGCAGGAGAUCUACGUGAACGCUGACGAGACCCUCAUUGCCCCUGUGCUUGAUCGGGCCAAUGCAAGCUUCAGACGCCGGACCUGCCUGGGCUCCUACCCAGACUGGGUCAGCAACUACUUCCGGGUCAAGCUCACCCUGGACUCGGAAUCAGAGGCCCACCUGGAGGAAGCCCACAACUUUCUGAUGAAGAACCUUCCUGAGGGCGUCGUGGUGCCCUUAGUUGCUGAUCCGGUCUCCCGGGCAGCUGUCGACGUGUACGCCCUGGCUGAGUCUGGUUCCCCCCUUGGCCAGAAGGUGGCAGUAGCAAUCCGGACCAUCGAGGAAGCCCUGGACCGCUACGUCCUCUCCAAACUUUGUGUAGGAUUCAACGGUGGGAAAGACUGCACAGCUCUCCUUCACCUGUUCCAUGCUGCUGUACAGAGGCGGUUCUCGGAAAGGACAGAAAAGUUGAAGGCGCUCUACAUCCGCACGGUCUCCCCAUUUCCCGAGAUGGAGGAGUUCAUCAAAGAUACCAGUCAGAGGUAUGACCUCCACAUCUGUAACGUCCACGGGAACAUCAAGCAGGCACUAGCGGACCUGAAGACCCUGCAUCCGGAGCUGGAGGCUGUGUUGAUGGGUACCCGGCGCACUGACCCUUAUUCCCGCACCUUGAUGCCUUUCUGCAUGACUGACCCCGACUGGCCGCAGUACAUGCGGGUCAACCCUCUCUUGGACUGGACGUACCGAGAUAUCUGGAAGUUCCUUCGUACGCUUUAUAUCCCCUACUGCAUACUUUACGACAAGGGCUACACUUCGCUGGGCAGCAUGAGUAACACGCAGAAGAAUCCGGCCCUGCGCUAUACGGACGACCGAGGGCGAGAGUGCUACUGGCCGGCCUAUGAGCUAGAAAACGAAGGGGACGAACGCAGCUCCCGCCACUGACGCCUGCCUAGGCCUGGCGCUUGUUGCCUUGGCAACCACUGCCCAGGUCCCAGAGAGGUAUACAAAAAUAAAUACAAAUCCCAGUUCUCCAAGCUUGGUGAAGGAUGGCUUGUCUGAAAGCAACCAGGAACAAAAGAGCAACCCAGAGAAACGCCGCUUGGCCUUGAGAAAUGGGAGAGAGACUAGUGGCGCUGGCAUCCAACCUGCAUUUCUGUGGGCUGCCCAGAUGUAACAACAGGAAACGGAGGCUUCUGGCCUUGAGAUGCAGACCCGGGUUGUAUCCAGCUCAUCCUAAGACACAGUCCGCUCGUUCGGAAAUAUCGCAUUGUACAUUCCUCCUGGAAUUGAAUGCCUUCAGAAUUGGGUGACCAGAUGCCAGGGAGAAUUGGGCUCUGCAGCUUUAAACACUGUGUAGAAGAGAGAAUUUCCUCUGAAGUGGGGUGUGUGUGUGUGUGUGUGUGUGUGUGUGUGUAGAGAGAGGAGAAGCUGCAGUGACUAAACUUCCUCUAUUCUCCUUGGCAUCUAUAUUCAAGCAAAAACCCUUGCAUGUAAAAAGGUAGCACUCUAAUGUGCUAGUUUUCUGCAUGUAGGAUUUCUUUACUUUGUAUUAGAUAACUGGAACAUGGGAUUUCUCCCUGCCUACGUUCUGAGGUGGCCCCGCUGCACCUUUUCAGAGGAUUGGAUGUGCUAUCUCCAGGUUUCUAAUCCAAGUGUAUACAGGGCCUCACUCUGUGCUGGGUCCCUCUGGCUACCCAGAGUGCCAAGCUGGCUUUCUGCAGGGAUGUGUCCAUGGGAUGGGGGAGAUAACUGCCUCCCCCCAGAACCCUUCUCACACUCCCAGCUGAGUUCCCAGAGAGAGCCCAACAGAGUGAAGAUGCCAUGUUGAUGCCCCAAUAGUUGGGGCCUGCAAGUCCCCCCCGUCCCCCCCACUCCUCCAGUGAAAUUGCAGUUGAGCUGGGAUAAGGAUUCGGACCACAACACACAGGGAGGAGGAAUUUAGCCUCAUCUUGUCCUGCGGUCAUGUUGUUUGGCUCUUAGACACAACUCGUGCUGACUUCUCCAACAUUGUAAUCCAUCCUUUUCCCUGUACAUGCCCUGGUUUGAAAUGCAAAUAAAAUAACUUUGAAUUGUG